UUCUCUUGUACAACCUGCGGAGAGAAUAUAGUUUGUCUAUCUUCCCUCUGCAGAAACUGUUGACAUCAUUCCAUACAAUAUCACUCUCUCUCUCUCAUAGACACACACACACACGUACACACACACCCCAUAUAGUUGGAAGGAGAAUAUGAUGGAAGACAAGAAAGCAAAGAAAUCAAGAUUCAAAAGAGUUUGUGUGUUCUGUGGAAGCAGUACAGGCAAGAAGGAUUGCUACAGAGAUGCCGCGGUCCAGUUGGGCCAAGAAUUGGUUUCAAGAAGUAUAGAUCUUGUGUACGGAGGGGGCAGCGCAGGGUUGAUGGGACUGAUUUCGAAGGAGGUCCAUACUGGCGGACGACAUGUUUUAGGAAUCAUUCCCAGAACGUUAAUGUCCAAAGAGAUAACUGGUGAAACAGUAGGGGAGGUACGGCCCGUAGCUGACAUGCAUCAAAGGAAAGCAGAAAUGGCCCGCCACUCUGACUGUUUCAUAGCUCUUCCAGGCGGGUAUGGCACAAUGGAGGAGUUACUAGAAGUCAUUACAUGGGCUCAGCUCGGAAUUCACGACAAGCCUGUAGGUUUGCUGAACGUGGAUGGAUACUACAACAGCUUGCUGAGCUUCAUAGACAAGGCAGUAGAUGAUGGCUUCAUUAACCCCUCUCAGCGUCAUAUCAUAGUCUCCGCACCAACACCUCAAGAACUACUCCAAAAACUUGAGGAGUACGUCCCUCUGCAUGAUGGAGUGGUCGCUCAGGCACUCUGGGAGGUUGAACAACUGGAGCUCAACAAUUCCCUCCAAUCUCAUCAGAUUCCUAGUUAACUAGCCCUCCACUUCUGUAUCCAAGCUUUCAAGCAGAAAUUCUAGUUCAGAUUGGAUUCCGUCAAUAUAUUGUUUUCUAAUUGAUGUAUAAUUCAAGAAAAUUGACUAAUCGCACUAUAAUUAUAUCA